UAUGAAAAACCUUUCAGUGACAUUAGAGACAUCAGAGACUUCGUUUAUUACAAAGACCUCGUUUAUUUUUCUGUUGGUAUUCCUGCUAGUGUCAAUGAUCGAAUUUAUCGGUGCAUGAUCAGACAAGUACAAGAGUGUAACGUCUCGGGAUGGAAAGAACUCUUCGGCUUUUAUGCUUACGGUAAACCUUCUCCCAAAACGGUGGCAUUUUAUGUAGAGGAAGCGUUUGAACCACACCGAAUUAUCAUCAGUAAACGACCACAAAAUUUACCGGGUUUUUCUAAAAGAUUUGUCUUUUGGGCUUUCGAAUAUGAACAAGAAUUUUUCUCUAAGCCAGUGACCAUUGAGAAACUUGGUCAUCCAGAGCGACAUGUUCUACGCAUACAGGCUCUGAACAAUAGUACUGAUAAAGGCGGGCAAUUGGUCAAUACUUUCCAUGUUGUUGAUACUGUUUAUUGGGGA